GAUCUGAAAACCACAAACUCUCCUUGUGGUUUUCACCGGGAAAAAAUCUUAGCUGCUUUUAUCUCUCUCUCUCUCUAUUUGCAAAUGGCAGCAGCGUUUUUGAAUAUUGGCAGCUACGUUUUCGUCUUGUUCUUAUCGUCAUUAGCCACAUUAGCACCACAGGUUCAAGCCAAUAUUGCCGUCUUCGACGACUACUGGACGCAGCGUCAAGGCGAUGCGUUGAAACAAACUUUGGCCUCUUUCGAUCCUUAUCCUCUUAACGUCACCAACCACUUGAAUUACCAUGUCGCUUUAGCACUUGACACCACGGAAUCAAUCAACAGCACAAGAAGAGAGCUUUCACAGGCGAGACGUGGUCGUAAAAUGCAAAACAGAAGAGGAAAAUGCGUAGCUCAUAACCCGAUAGACAAAUGCUGGAGAUGCGACCGUGAUUGGGAAAAGAACCGUAAGAAACUAGCGGUCUGUGCCCUCGGAUUCGGCAGGAGAACCAGCGGAGGAAAAGACGGACCGAUCUACGUAGUCACCGAUGCCUCAGACGACGAACUUAUCAGCCCUAGGCCAGGAACAUUAAGACACGCGGUGACACGAGAAGGACCGCUUUGGAUCAUCUUCGCAAGAAGCAUGGUCAUAAAACUGCAACAGGAACUGAUGAUGACGAGCGAUAAAACGAUCGAUGGACGUGGAGCUAGGGUGUACAUCAUGGGAGGUUCUGGAUUAACGCUGCAGUUUGUGAAUAAUGUGAUCGUACACAAUAUCUAUAUCAAGCAGAUUGUUCCCGCGAACGGCGGUUUGAUCAGAGACUCCGAGCAACAUAUAGGGCUCAGGACAAGAAGUGAUGGUGAUGGAAUCAAUUUGUUUGGAGCAACUAAUGUUUGGAUCGAUCAUGUCUCGAUGACGAGAUGUUCUGAUGGUAUGAUUGAUGCGAUUCUAGGAUCCACUGCAGUGACUGUCUCCAACAGCCACUUCACAGACCACCAAGAGGUGAUGCUUUUUGGGGCCAAUGACAAACACGAGAUCGACAAGAAGAUGCAGAUAACAGUUGCAUUCAACCACUUUGGUAAGAGACUGGAACAGAGAAUGCCCCGGGUCAGAUUCGGAACGAUACAUGUGGUGAACAAUGACUACACACAUUGGGAAAUGUAUGCAAUUGGUGGAAACAUGAACCCUACAAUCAUUAGUCAUGGCAACCGUUUCAUUGCUCCUCCUAACGAACAAGCCAAACAGAUCACAAAGAGAGAGUACACUUCUUACGUUGAUUGGAAACUUUGGAACUGGCAAUCAGAAGGAGAUUACUUCCUGAAUGGAGCUUACUUUGUGCAAUCCGGUAAACCUAAUGCGUGGAGCCCUAAACCGAAGAACCCUAUCCCGAACAAGUUUGCGAUCCGACCUAAGCCGGGAACGAUGGUCCGUAUACUCACCAUGGACGCAGGAGUACUGGGCUGCAAACAAGGUCAAGCCUGCUGAUGAUUAAAAUUACCAUUUUGUUGCCUUCCAACAAACAAAGCUUGUGCUCCCUGUAUUUGCUUGUUGUCCAAGAAAAGAGAGAGAGAGAGAGAGAGGGGAAAAAAGGAAAUGAAAGUGGGCUUUUCUAUGAUUGGGGUUUUGUAAUAUUAUUCUUAUUAGGAUUCAGUUUCCUCUAUGUACAAUUUUCCCCCAUAUAUUUUCAUAUUUUC